GGAGUGCGGAGAGGACGGAUUGACGCGCUGGAAGAUGCAGCGCGUCUUCAUCUUGCUUCAACCCACUUGGGACUCACACCGCACUCGGUCACAUUAGCCAUGGGACGGAAUGGCUUUUUGGGCGCCUUCCAAGGGCUGGAUGCCUUCGGCAAGACAAUGGAGGAUGUCAGGAUCCGCACGCGUACUGGUGCUUUGUUGACAUUCAUCUCGUUCUCGAUUAUCCUAACGUCCGUAUUGCUCGAAUUCAUCGACUACAGGCGUAUCCGGCUCGAGCCGUCGCUAGAGGUCGACCGGUCGCGUGGAGAGAAGCUGGUGAUCGAGAUGGAUAUUGAGUUCCCGCGCGUCCCCUGCUACAUGCUGUCGCUGGACGUCAUGGACCUCUCUGGGGAACGACAGCAUGAUGUCUCCCAUGACAUGUCGAAGCAGCGUAUCUCGGCGGACGGAACGUAUCUCGAAGAGAAGCGGAUGGGGCAGCUCAAGGGCGACGUGGAGCGCGCGGCGCAGACCAAGGACCCCAACUACUGCGGCAGCUGCUACGGCGCGUCACCACCUCCAAACGGGUGCUGCAACUCGUGCGAGGAUGUUCGCCAGGCUUACGUCCGCCAGGGGUGGAGCUUUGUCAACCCCGACGGCAUCGAGCAAUGUGUCGAGGAGGGAUGGAGCGAGAAGAUGGAGCAGCAGAACGAGGAGGGAUGCCGCCUCAGCGGCCAGGUGCGCGUGAACAAGGUCAUCGGUAAUCUUCACUUCUCGUAUGGCAGCACAUUCAUGCGCCACGGCAUGAACAUCGCGGAGCUCGUGCCCUACCUGAAGGACAAGAACCACCACGACUUUGGCCAUCGCAUCAUCAAGUUCCACUUCGGCGCUGAUGUCUUACCGACCGAAAAGGCGCGCAUGGAACCCAAGGAGAUGAAAACGCGCCGCGCGCUACACAUCAGCGACCCGCUGCAGGGACGACAGAAUCAUAGGCAUGAGGACAACACCAACUACAUGUACCAAAUUUUCGUCAAAGUGGUCUCCACAACGUUUGUAUACUUGAACGGCGACGAGAUCCCGACAAACCAGUACUCCGUGACGUCUUAUGAGCGUGACCUGGCUCAAGGCAAUAUGCCGAGCCGCGACGGUGACGGGCGUAUCACAAGCCACCACACUCAGGCCAUUCCGGGCGUCUUCAUCAACUACGAAAUCUCGCCGAUGAAGAUCAUCCACACUGAGACGCGGCAGAGCUUCGCGCACUUUGUGACGAGCACAUGUGCCAUCGUAGGCGGAGUCCUCACAGUUGCGUCACUGAUCGACGCGGCAAUCUUCAACAGCCGCAAGCGUCUGGGCAAGGAGUACGAGGGCGGACAGUACGGUGGCAUUAGCGGCAAGAUGAUGUAGCCGUGAUCAUGCAUUUGAAUAGAAAUUG